GAGCAAUGCUCCGCUAUUCUGCAGCGGUUGGCUGUAAGAACCGCCGGGGACGGAAUAAUAAAGACCGGAAACUGAGUUUUUACCCGUUUCCUCUGCAUGACAAAGAAAGACUUGAAAAAUGACUAAGGAACAUGAAACGAGAUUCCUGGGUUCCUAGUAAAUACCAGUUCCUGUGUAGUGACCAUUUUACUCCCGACUCUCUUAAUAUCAGAUGGGGUAUUCGCUAUUUGAAACAAACUGCAGUUCCAACAAUCUUUUCCGUAUCUGGCGACAAUCAGGGAAGAGAUGCUUCCAAAAAAGGUCUCAUAAGCAAAUUAGAAGAUGAACAUGAAGUGUUCCAAAAAUCCAAGUCAGAAGAAGCAUUUGUAUCAAAUGAGCCAAAGAAAAAUACAGUUAACACAGAUGUGCUCCCUAAAUAUACAGAAUUAUUUGACGCAACUGGUUUGGUGACGCCACCAGCUCCAAAAACAGAGAGGACGCAAAAUAAUCUAUUAGCUCUCAACCUGGUUCAACAAGGUACUGGACAGCCAGAGUCCACUUUGGAAACUGCCCUUAACCAAGGUGUAGGUGUAGGUGGUUUUCACACUUCUUUUGAGAAUAUAAAUUCUACCACUAUUACUUUGACCACUUCUGACUCAGAAGAUAUUCAGCACUCUUUGGAAACACAAGAAAUAUUUGAGAUAACUACCAAUCAUAUUGCUAUUCCAAAUUUUACAGAUAAUUCUGUGGAAAUUAAGUCAGCACAAGAACAUCCUAUUGUAUUCAGCACAAUUUCUCAAACACUUGGAGACUUCAAUGCAAAUAUGGAAUCUGUUAUUGCGAUUUUUGUCCCCACGGAAAAUUCUAGGCCUAGAGUGAAUUCUUUUGUCCCUGCCCAACAAGAAACUGUGGACAUGGAGGACGGAGACACCGAAGACUCCUUAUUCAGGGAUGUUGACUAUGGAACAGAAGUUUUGCAAAUUGAACACUCUUACUGCAGACAAGACAUAAAUAAGGAAUAUCUUUGGCAGCAAGUGUCUAAGCUACAUUCAAAGAUAACUCUUCUUGAACUAAAAGAGCAACAGACUCUGGGAAGAUUAAAGUCUUUGGAAGAUCUCAUAAGGCAGCUACAGCAGGAAAACUGGCUCUCUGAAGAAAACGUCAAGAUUAUAGAGAACCAUUUCACAACGUACGAAGUUACUAUGUUAUAAGGCAUUUUAAAGCGAUAACUUUUCCAAGGUCUUUGGUGGUGGUGGUUGUUUGCAGCCAAACCAAAUUAUUUGUAAAGUGAACUUUUCUUGUAUGAAAUGCUCAUCUUACUGAAGCUCUGCAGGCCUCUAACGUUGUG